CUCCAAACUUGUUAAGCGCCUUCCAACUGGCAGCUGCCGUGCUUAAUUUUGAGCAUCCACCUUUAAUGCUGGUAAAGGCGGCAGAACGAGAAGCGGAACUUAUCUAUGUAGCUCGAUGGCGGAGGCGGCAGUGUUGUGACGUUAUUGCAGCAAAAAGUAACAACCUUAGGCGUCGUCUGUGUUCACAAACUCAUCUCACUUGCAGAAGUUGCCCCAUGCAACCAUCAACCUCGCGGUUUUCUUCUCGUCAAUAAGUAACUUGGGUAGCUGCUAAGCUAACGGUGUUUGUAUUUUUAGAAUGGCGUCAACCAAACCUAAGCAUACUGAUGUCAGUCUCCCCUUUGCUGCCCUGAAGCUCCUGGCUCCGCCUGUGCGUCUGGUGUCCGCAGCCCUCUGGAAGGUGAUGAAGCAGAGGGAUGUAAAGCGCUACGGAGUCGUGGAAGAAUUUGUGACGUCGGCGUGCGAGACUGUGCCAGGUCUGCUCACCUUGAGACAUCAGGGCAAGCUCGCACUAGGGUUUAGAGGUCGACUAAUCUUGGAGCUUUGCUCGACACAACCUGAUGCAAAUAUCAUCAGGACCCACCUGAAGAGGAUCCGAAUUCCUUCUAGCGCUUCAACAUCGUCAGCUCCUACUUUGAGGACCGAUUUAAAGAUUACAAAAACGGUUGAAAGCUUCCACGAGUUGGUUGACACACUGCUGACCGAUCCUGUUGCCAAAGAACAGUUCUUUACGGAGGAGUUCCCUGAGGAUUAUGGUCCCUUAUUUGACCAGGAAUUGGAGAAGCUACUGUGGGAGUUUCUCAUUCGACUGGAUCAACUGCUCUCUGUUCCCAACCUUGCCCAGACUGUGUCCUGGCUCAGUGAAGCCCCCGCUGUUUUGGAAGAGUGUGCCCAAGCAGCUACUCAGCCGCAACUCUUAAAGAUUUUGCUUCAGCAUCAAACCUGUCUUGGCCACUUGGAGGCUGCAGCAUCCCUCCCUCCAAACAUGGGAGACUCCAUACUGACUUCCCUCUCGUUGCCUCUCUCCGGUAAAGUGCCUUCAAAUCCACAAGCAAGACCAAUAAAUUCUUCUGGGGAUGGGCCGGAAGACACACCGACGAGACGAGCUAAAGCCAUUUCCUCCUCCCCUGUCAUUGGGCUGAUAUCUAUCAAAGAUGUGCCAGCUUUGAACUUUUAUGGUCACCAGUACUGCAGAGAUGACCCAAAUGAGGGGCCAAGCUUUACUUCCAUUAAAGCAAUUGUGCCCAAGUCCAAACGGGACAGCGUGGGAGAGGGCGAUGGAAGAGCAUCGAGACGAAGCAGUGGUGUGAAACGCAAGCAGGCUGACAGAGAAGAGAGUGUGUCCGAUGACGUGGAAACAUCCAGCUCAUCCCAAGCUCUUUCCUCCUGUCACAACCGCCAGCUCAGAGUUCUCGUCCAUAAACUGCCGAUCUCCAAAUUAGUGGGUCGAGAAGAGACGUCCAUCUACUGGCACAAGCACGCGUCACCAGCACUAACUUCCUCGCUGAAAGUCUUAAGAGGCCACCACCCUCAAACUUCUCUCCCUGCUGAUGUUAUCAACUUGGACAAUAAAGAAAAUCAUCCCACUGUAGCAUUUGUAGGCGCCUCCUUAUCUCACCAGCAAAACACAGAGACGUUGGGCACUACUGACUAUGCUGACGACUACGUUGCCGAUUCUGAAGACGAAGCCACCAAGAACUUUAAAGUGAGGUUGUUCACGAAACGCUACUGCAAAACCAAGCACGGCACAUAUGUUCCCACUCUGAGGGAAUUCUGGAAACCGGUCAUGGCACAGCGGAACCUCUCCAUGCAUUUUCACAGCAAACGGAGACGGUAAAAAAUGACCUUUUUUUUAAAUUAUUAAAGCAGUACAAUUUUAACCAACACUUAUCACAUGUAUGUUUUUACCUUUUACAUUUGAACGAGUUAGUGCCUGUAUUCCCAUUCUGAAAACGGCAGUUUGAACUCAAUAGAACGCUCCAUACUCGCCGUAGUUGCUUUUGCCACACAUUGACGUGCAUCAAAACAUUAAAACAAAUGUAUUCCU